AUGGACAUUGAAAGCCCACCGAGAGAAAUUGCGGGGCAUUUCCCCGAACCGCGGAGGACAAGAUCCCAACGGGAGAGCGGGCCAACCGUGAGCAGGAAGGGCUCGACCUCAGCUAGGAACCAGGACCUGGAUGCUGAAGGGACCAGUGACCCUGAGAAAACCCCUUCCAAGUGGGAAAUUGAGUUAUUGAUGUUGCUUCGCCAGAUGGCAGACGAAAGCCGAGCCAACUCCCAGAAAGAGGGCUCUAAUCGAAGGGGAAUCGCGGCGACCGAAGAUGGAACCAACAUGCGUGCCUUCCUUUGCAUUAUAGAACAGGAAAUCCGAGAACUGACGAUACUAGAUGAACAGUGGGGACUCGAAUUAAGGAAAUACUUGACGGGCAAGGCCAUGGCGCAUUGGGAGCUCAUGCAACGCUCGGGGACGGAAAUCUCUGAUUGGCAACACCCAGGCCUAGUCAUUAAGGGAGACGAACGCGCUAGGCCAGAGCAACUCACAGGUGGCAACGGAGGCCAGGCCGCAACUGGGCAAAUUGCCAUCACAGUCUCCCCGAACCGGGGGCUGCAUGGGACAAGGAGCGAUGUCAUGUUGAGGACAGAAGAGGAACGGAAAGGGAACGGACAGGGAAAGGGUGAUUCCCGCCCACUGAGGCGUGUGCGGCUACUAAGCGGUGGCACGGUACGCGGUAACGGGGUACGCGAUAACGGGGGCGAGGUGAACGGAAGGGAAGGAAGCGUGGUACGGGAUAACGGGGGCGAGGUGAACGAAAGGGGAGGAACGGCUUUCGGCGGGACAGGGAAUGGCGUGAACGAGUGCACGGGAGGCCAUGAAAAUACGAUGGACGGAGGAUCGAUACAUGGAGGUGCGUCGAUUGACGCAAGAGAGCAAAGGCGAGAGGAACGGAGUGCACCGGCCGACGGAGAGGGCAAGAGGGAGGAGAACCCAACGAGCUGUGGCGACGAGGGGACAACGAUGAUACCAGGUUGGUUAUUGUGGCAAGAAGGAGAUGCUGCAGAACGCACACCAGAAUACCAUGGAUCCCUUUGUAGUGUCGGCAAGACGGCGGUAUUGCAACUCGAAAUCGUGGGCCAUAAGUGUGAAGGACUACUGGAUACGGGGGCGUCCAGGAGCUUUAUCCGCCUGAAUAUUGUGGAACGGCUGGGCUUGAGGGUGCGCAUCCUGCAGGAGGCGCACUCCUUCACAGCAGCCAACGGUGAAGUCAUACUCAUCGAUUGGGGGGUACCAAGGUUGUCGAUGCUCUGCGGAGGAGAGUACUUCACAGGGGAUUUCCUGGUAGGGCCAAUACCAGAGGGCGAGCCGACUGUGGGCACUCAGACAGACACGGAACCAAUCAAGACCGCGGCGGACCAUGCCCAUGACGAUUUGGCUAAGCAAGUUGCUAGAAUGUCAGCGGAGGAGGCGGCAGCUCUUCUUCGUCCCCCCACCAAACGAUAUAAAUCCAAGCAUCGUGCUGGUGAUAGGGUGAAAAUAAAGGAUAUCCUACGGGAGGCGCGGGGAGACACAGCAGCUUUAAAGCGGGCUAUAGAGGGAUUACACUGCGUAGUCGCUUUACCGGCAGCAAAACCUGAUUGUGUCGUUCAGGUACCCAUAGAGCGUCAGGGUCCUCUUCUGUGUGCGAUUGUAGAACACCAGAAAGUAACACACUUUGAGCCAGGCGCUCCGCCAACCAAGCCUAUAGAUACGGCGCCGCCGACAUCUGAGGAUAUAGACGACUCACCAUGGCCUACAGCUAAGCUGCAAUAUACGGAAUUCGAUGCAUGGUCUAAUGCUCCGGAGGCCCUUCGUUUGCCUACACAGAUUCUUACCGUUCUGAAACAACAUCGACUCCUGUUCCCCGAUAGUCUGCCUGAUGGAUUGCCACCCAAGAGACCUUAUGAUCAUCGAAUUCUUCUUUUACCCGGCAGAUUACCGACGCGCGCGCCGAUAUACAAGAUGCCGCCUGACCAGCUGGCUUAUCACACCAAGGAGAUAGCACAUUUAACUGCCAAGGGAUGGAUUGGGCGUACUUACUCUCCGAUUUGCGCUCCUACGAUAAUGGUCGACAAACGAGAUGAUGGAAGAUGCGAACGGUCGUCAAUUACCAAGUGCUAA